AUGGUGGAUUCCGAGGGCCAGUCGCCGAUGCGCAAGAGGGCCAUCUCGACGGCAUCAGUAGCUGACUCUCAGAAGGACCUCUCGCCUGCCAGAAGGCUCAUGACCGGCUCUAGGGAGGUGUCGCGCGAGAUGAAGAAGCCCCGCAAGCUCGCGGCGCUGGGCAUCUUCGGCGCGUGCGUGGCCAGCCUGGUGUGGCACCAGGUGCAGGAGCGUCAGAGGACUCAUGACCUCCUGACGGCCUUUGAUGUUGGCAAGGAUGAGCAUUUGUCUUCCAAGGAGCUGGCAUCCCUGCUGCAGGCGAAUGGUGUUGAUGUCAGCCAGGACCAAGUUGGGAAAAUAUUUGGCCGCGUGGAUGAUGAAGGCGACGGUUUCGAUGAUGUGGAGCUUAUGCGGAUUUUGACCAUCGUUUCUGGCUUGCCAGCGGUGUCCGAACGCAUUCAGCUUCUGGCAGCUUCUGGCAGCAGCUGGAUUUUCGACCUCAUCCUGUGCAGUGUGGCAGGGGUCGGUUUGUACUACAUUGUGGGCCAGUCUGAUGUGCUGGAGAAACGUUGGCUUCAGAGCUCGUUUCGAGGAGCGGUUCAGUUCCAUCGCAUGCAGUCGAAGUGCAGCAAGCUCAACGACCAGCUAGAGAACUUGUCUGCAGAGCGAGUGAAGUUGGAAGAUAGCAUCCGCGAGAUUGAAGCAAGCUCCCCAACAACUGCCGCAGAAAGCUCAGAGGAAUUGACCCGACUCUCCAGUCGGCUGCAGGAGGUGGUGGAGCAACAGCGCAGCGCCACAGAUCAGCUACAGGCGGAGGUGUCCAAGUGGCAGGCGACCGCCGAAGAGGCGAUGCAACAGUCGAACAACGUCAAAUCCAAGAUGGCCGGCAUGAUGACUUGCAUCAAAGGCUUGGAUGCAUUUUCUGGCUCGGGAAUGAACAAGUUUGACAAACACGGCGCGCAGCAGGGGUUCAGCCACAAGAGCAACGUAGGCUUUUGCCUGGACACCAUCACCUUCGGCACCAUCGACAAGGGGAAGCUGCUGCUGUUUGAGACCUCCACUAAGAAGAAGAUCGGAGAGGGCCGGGACUGUGCGUACCGCUGCAAAGAGCUGGAGACCGGCGAAGAGUUUGCCCUGAAGAUGUACACAAUGAGCAAUCCGAGCCAAAGGCGCGCCAUCAUGCACGACCUUUACGCGCACAAGCUGCAAAUAGGGAAGCACCCUAGGAUUGUGAGCUACGAGCGCGUCAUUGAAUCAGAAACUACGAUUUUUGUGCUGAUGGAGUUGCUGGCCGGCAAGGAUCUCUUUGACAUCAUGGUUUCACGUGGUCGUGCCCUUGCAGAGGACCAAGCACGUCCGCUGUUUGCUCAGCUGGUGGAAGGUCUGCAGCAUUUGCACAGCCAUGAUGUCAUCCACUGUGACGUGAAGCCCGAAAAUGCAAUGGUCCUGGGCAACAUCGAUGCGGGGGCGGCACAUCUAAAGCUCAUUGACUUCGGGUGUUCCUGCUUCAACGAGUUCGUCCAGGAGGGUGAGACACGAGCAUGUGUCGUCCACGACAGGUACAUGCCCCCAGAGCUUAGCGCAUCGCCGUCCCUGGUGCCGAGUGUGGCCACCGACAUGUGGCGGACCGGUUGCACCCUUUUUGUGAUGCUUACAGGAUUUCCGCCGUUCCCAGAUGACGCUCAGACAUCUCAUGGUCGAGAGGCCAGAGAGCAGGGGCGGUUCUACAAAGCUGGCCCCUACGAGCCGCUAUCAGACAACGCAAAGGACCUGCUGGAGAAGCUCUUGGCAGGUGAUCCAGGGAAAAGGCCGGAGACCAGUGAGGAUGACAUCCGGCGAGCUGAGCGAGAGCUUUUGGAGUCAGUGAAGAAGGUCUUCGAGCAGGAGCUGGACCUCAUUCAGAUUGAUGACACUAUUCGGUACUGGGCGGAUCGUCCCUGCAGCAGCUCCUGCGCCUCGGCAACGGCGCGGGUGCGCACGGCCACGGCCAUUCCGGGCACGGAGCUGGGCAUCAGGAGCUUCUUGGAGAAGCAGAAAGCUGCAAUGUCCAGGCGUAGAGAUCAUCGCGACACCUCUCGACGUGGACGAGAGAGAGGCCGCGAGAGAUCCCGCUCUCGCAGGAAGCGUUCCAGAUCUCCUCGCCGACGAAGGCGCGAGCGGUCUGGCAGCAAAGCGGAUCGAUCGCCUGGGCGAAGGCCAGCUUCCGGGAAUGCGACUACCAGGACUGUCACCGCCAGGAGUUUGAGCCGGCCAAGGAGCCGCCCGCGACGUCUGCAGGACGCGCCUGCCCUGGAAAAGAGCUUGGAGGAGGCUCCGCUGAUUUUCUUCGGCAAGCGGGGGCCAAUCGCCAUGGCGAAUGGUCCUGCAAGCCAAUGGAUUCAGGUCGUCUCGGAUGAGCAUCGCCGGAGCUUUGUCUCCUACAGGAGCGGGGCCUUCCGCGAGGCCCAACUGCAGGAGUGGUUUGACAGGCUUCGCAGCGAUCUCCGAUGGGACAAGCCUGAGGUGAAAGGCAGGCCAUUGCCCCGAAGCGCGUGCUGGCUCACCGCAGAUGGGUGCUCCUGCACGUACCGGUACAGCGGCACUCAGUGGCCGAACAUGAUUAUGCCGCCCUGGUUUUUGGACCUCACGGACGAGGUGUGCCGUGCCUGCGGUGUGACUACAAGACCAAACUCUUGCAAUGCCAAUUUGUAUGAGGAUGGUUCGGAGUCCGUCGGCUGGCAUGCAGACGACGAGCCGUGCUUUGAUGCCAAGCGCUGCGAUGCGCUAAUCAUCUCCUUAUCAUUGGGGGCAACUCGCACCUUUGUGCUACGGCCGAACGAUGACCAAAUGAGUCAGACAAGGUUGGCCUUGGCGAAUGGGGACUUGUGCACCAUGGAAGGCCUUUUUCAGAAGCACUACAUGCACGCGGUGUUGCAAGAGAGACACUCACGUUCAGCCCGCAUCAAUUUGACCUGGCGUUGGGUCGUGAAGCACGAUCGUGAAUGUAUCAGGAGAAGAGACCGCGCAAGUGCUCCGAUCAAGCUUCACCGUCAGGUGUCUGAAAGAGAGGCCAUUGCACAGGCCGCCGCCAAGUCUGCUGCGGCAAAGUCUGCCAUUGCGAAGUCUGCUGCGGCUGCGGUGCAAAGCCAGGCCAUGCAGUUGGCAGCAGCUUCCGCAGAGUCAGCCAAGUUGGCAAGGUCUCUGGCAGCUCGAAGCGGCCCGGUCAACGCGAUUGGGCACGCGAUGGAGCGAGCCGCUCACGGCUGGCCAGGCGCAGUCCCGGAGCCGCAGGAAGAGAGGAGUGCGAAGCGGCCACGCUUUGAGGAUGGCGUUGGUGGCCGCCUAGGCGAGCGGAGUGCCCCAAAUGCACUCGACCCAGAUUUUGCGGACAAGGCGCGAGCUGCACCAGCGCCGGUGCCACCGCAGUCCGAGGGGCCAGGCGCUCGAGAGAGAAGACGGCCCGAGAGACCUGAAAGACGACCCGAAGCAUCGGCCACACAUCUGCAAGAGCCUCCGGUUGAGAGAAGGGCAGACAGGCCGCGACGCGACCCUGCUGAGGCCUCCAGGGCAGCUCGAACCCGCAGAGAUGUGCCGGCAGCUCGGGAGGAACCCACGGAGAGGGCAGCGAGUGACCCACUUGCUCACGCGGGCAGCAAGCCAGCGCUCAACCGUCGAGGCCGAAGGCAGUCAGACGUCCCACGCGCUGGACAGGGUGACCAGCUUCAAGACUCUCGCGAGGGCGGCGUGGAGCGCGAGAAGCAAGAGAGCGUCAGACCAGCAGCUGUUAGCAUUGACGAGGAAAUUUUUGAAAAGGCUCGUGCACUCAAGCUGAUGGCCCCCGCACCAGCAAGAGAUGAGCGAGGCUCUUCUUCGAAAGCUGAGCCGAAAAGAAGGGAAGUGGAGGCUCCACCAAUUGCCAGCGCUACCGGGGCUUUGCCUCGACACGGCGAGUCGAGCUCCUGGAAGGCGCGGGAUGCACACUCACGAGGAAAUGCUCAAGAUUCUGAGCGUGAGGCAGAGGGGGCACGAGAGGAGGCGCUUGGCUCUGAUGAUCGUCGAGGUCGCGAGUCUGCACCAAAACCAGACUCGUCGGCAGGCGUCACACUGCUCGGCGAGCGUGAACGACUAAAUCGCCACGUGGUGCUGAGAUCACGAAGUCGCAGUCCAAAGGAGCGUGAUAGGUGCGCUCGGAGAGAGGACCCGGCAAUAUCCAAGCCACAAGAUCAUCAUGAGGUGAGGCACGAUCGCGAGGUUCGGAGAAAGGACCACCCAAGUGCUCCUAUGCGUCAUCGUCAGGUUUCCGAAAAGGAGGCUUUUGCGCAGGCUGCCGCCAAGUCUGCCGCCAAGCCUGACGCAAAGUCUGACGCAAACAAAAGCCAUGCAGCCGCACAGGCACGCGCAGCCGGGCCCAACGCGUCGCUUCAAGCUGGGGAAGCAGGUGAAGGAGAGAGAAGACGGGUCGAAAGCAGACCUGAAAGACGACCCGAGACACCGGCGAUUCCAGAGAUUGAGCGAAGGCCGCGGGCUCGCGACUCGGGCAGCGCCAGGUCUCGCGAGGCAACUGCACCUCAGCGUGGUCGGGAGGCAAGUGAUGAUGCGCAUGCCAUCAACAAGCUGGUGCUGAAGCCUCGAGGCCCAAAGCAGGAUGCAAACGCCCCGCGAGCUGGACGGAGUGACCCGCUUGGGUCUAACCCUGCCGCCUCUCGCAAGGAGGCUGACAAGCGCGAGGGAGGCAGAUCACAAGCGAUGGAUGAUGAAAUCAUUGAAAAGGCUCGCGCACUCAAACUGGUGGUGCCCCCGCCAGCGACGAGAGAUGAGAGAGGAUCCACUUCCAGAGCAGAGUCGACAAGACAUAGGGCAGCGGAGCCGCCAAUCGUCGCUUCCUCUACAGGAGCUUUGCCUCGGCACGGCGAGUCGAACUCCUGGAAGGCGCGGGAUGCACACUCACGAGGAAAUGCUCAAGAUUCUGAGCGUGAGGCUGGCUCAGCUGAUCGCUGGCGAGGCCGUGAGUCGCAGCCAGACGCGGCUCCAGGCGUAACGCUGCUCGGUGAGCGUGAAAGAUCGCACCGCCACGUGGUGCUGAAAUCACGCAGCCGCGAUCCACAGGGGCAUGCCAGGUACGAAUGGAGGGAGGAGCCGGUGAACGCCAAGCCACGAGACCUUCAUGAGGAUUCUCGUAGGCGGCCGGUGUGGUCAGGGAGUCGCAGGUCCUGAGAGACACAGACAGUCGAACAUAGACAUGAAGCGUCGAAAAGAUAGCUUCCUGUUUCGAAGGGGUGCUGGGCGCUGUUACAGCAGCCAAAUGGCACCACGCUAAUGAGAUUGGAC